AAACUCCCUGCGAAAUACAUAACCUACCUACCCAAACACGUUUGAAAAACUUGCAGAAAUCGCUGAAUUUCCCUCUAAAAAUGUCGAAAACAGAAGCAAAAGUGAAGAAAAUUCAUAUUUAUUUAGCCAGCGACCGUGUAAAUCCCUCAAUCUCAUCAAAUCACCGCAUUCCACGCAUUUUUACACCUGGAGAAGUCGUCACUGAACAAAAUGAACUUAUGAAAGGACAUGGUACCUACGAAGCCGAUGGAUGUCUCAAAUCAUCAGUAGCAGGUCUAAAAGAAGAAGUAAACAAGUUAAUAUCAGUAAAACCACUAAAAAGCCGAUACAAUGGAGAAAUUGGAGAUGUAAUUGUAGGUAGAAUCACAGAAGUACAACAAAAACGCUGGAAAGUCGAAACAAACUCACGUCUAGACUCAAUUCUCCUUUUAUCAUCAGUAAAUCUACCAGGAGGUGAACUUCGGCGUAGAUCAGCGGAAGAUGAGCAUAUGAUGCGCAAAUAUUUACAAGAAGGUGAUUUAAUCAGUGCAGAAGUCCAAAAUGUCUUCGCAGAUGGUUCACUUUCAUUACACACAAGAAGUUUAAAGUACGGCAAGUUAUCACAGGGUGUGUUGAUAAAAGUCUUCCCAGCGUUGAUAAAACGCAGCAAAACACGUUUUCACAACCUCCCGAUCGGCGUGAGCAUAAUCCUGGGCAACAAUGGUUUCAUUUGGAUUUCUCCUCUUGUAAACCAAGAGGAGGACAAUGUGGGUGGGUUUAUACAAAAUCUAGAUCAAGUUGUAUCACGGGGUGAGCGUGAAACAAUCGCGCGCAUUCGCAACUGUAUUUUGGCUCUCGCACAAAGCAAAAUGAUGCUUUACGAUUCAAGUAUUCUCUAUGCUUUUGAAGAGAGCUUAAAAUACGCUGUGGUUGAUUUACUCACUCCUGAAGUGAUGGUAGACGUUGCUAUUUUAACUCAGCAGAGGUUAAACAUCGCUGAAGACAAUUAAAACGUCGCAUUUUUAAUUAAAAUAUUAAUUUUAUUGUGUUGAAAUGUGUCUCGUCGAGCGCCGAAAUAGCUAAAUAUAUACAAAAAUUAAAUUUCAA